CCUAGCUUCCAUUCCGGAUCCUCCCCUCGCUUCCCGUCUCUUCCACCGCCCGCCGCUCGUUUAUAUUUGGUUCCGCAAGGAAGCGAGCGAAAAAGGCAACGACGCCAAGAUUGGAGACCGCUCCGCCGCCACUUCGCCGCCGGUCCCCUUCCUUCCUUCCUCCUCCUCCCCGGCUCGCUCGCACGCGCGCUCGAUCUCCCCUCCUCACAUGGCAGCUCAGCCGCGUCCCCACCACCAGCAACCCCAACCCCUGCUCGUCGAGAACCGCCCUUGUUACUUCUGCUUCUCCGGCCCCGAUCCUGACUCGCUCUCCCGCCUCGCCCUCGCCGGCUCCUCCUCCCUCCGCGCCCACCGCACCGUCUCCUGAUCCGGGGCCCGCUUCUCCCCUCCUCCCUCCUCGUCGUCGUCCUCUUAUUCUUGUUGCGCCGCCUUCGCCUGUUCGUUCUCGCUUGCUCCUUGAGGCUCUCUGAUUCUCGCUGCGCGGACUCCCUCGCCAUGGGGAAGAGUAAGAAGAGCAAGGUUCGUGGCGGCGGCGGCGGCGGGGAUGAUCUGAUCGACAGCAGCGACGCCGACAGCUUGGGCUCGUCGUCGACGGCGCUGUCGGAUCUAUCCAUCUCUUACGCUACCGAGCACGUCAACUCGCAGGAGUUCGUUCUCGACAAGUACAUCGAUGCGCUCUAUGAGAAGAGGGGGUCUACAAGGGAAGCCGCGCUGUCUCAACUGGUUGAUGCUUUUGAAAGCUUCAUUCUUCACGGUCUUGUGGAGAACAAAUAUGCCACUCUGCUGAGUCUGUUCAACAGUUCGAUAAAGAAGGGAUCUACGAGGGAGGCUUGCUUGGCAUCCCGUGCCAUUGGUCUUUUAGCCCUUACACUUGGUGCUGGGAGCAGCUCACAUGAAGUUAUGGAGGAGUCCCAUGCACAACUUUCUAGGGUCCUUCAAACUUGGCCAGAUGCUUCAAAGAUGAUUUCUGCACUUGAUUGCUUGGCCGUAAUCACAUUUGUUGGUGCUACUGAUUUGGCUGAAACAGAGCUAUCUUUGAAAGCUAUGUGGGAUGUAAUUCAUCCAAAAUCUGGUUCAAAUGUGGGAACUGUCCAUAAACCAAGGCCCCCUGUGUUAGCAGCUGCUAUAUCUGCUUGGGCUUUUCUUCUUACAACUAUUGGUUCAUGGAGGAUAAAUGCUGAUAGUUGGAAAGAGCCUAUUGCAUUUCUCUCUACUCUUCUUGGUGCGGAGGAUCGUGCUGUUCGAAUGUCAGCUGGUGAAGCAUUAGCUUUGUGCUUUGAGCUAAAUUUGCUUGAUGUUUCCUUCGGUGAAGAUGAUGAUGUUGAGAAUGGAGGAACUGAUGGUUCCAAGAGUAAACUUUUCCUUGACAUGCAAGGUUUGAAAGCCAAAAUAUCAAGUCUUGCAUCUAAUCUCUCAAUGGAGGCAGGGGGUAAAGGUGCAGAUAAGAAAAACCUUACUGACCAAAGAGAUCUGUUUCAACGGAUCUUGGAUUUUGUUAAGUAUGGUGAGUGCCCUGAAGAAUCUGUUAAGAUUUCUGGAAAGCGUGAUGUUUUAAGGGUUUCAUCAUGGUCUGAAUUGAUUCAGUUGAACUUCUUGAGGCGUUUCCUUGGUAGAGGCUUCCUAAAGCAUGUGCAGGAGAACGGGCUUCUUCAAGAUGUCUUUGACAUUAAGACUGACACUACUGAAACUCUCUCAUCCACUAAUAAGAAAAUCUUUAGGUCUGGUGAAGAGAAAGGAAGAGCCCUAAAGUUGAACAAGGACCGCCGUUUAGCCCAGGAGAGGAAGAAUGCCGCUAUGUUGUUGGACGAGUAGCCUGGGGCCCUGGGAUCGUGGAACUGCAGCCGCUCGUUCUCCUCCAUUUAGCUGGGCUUUUAUCUGUUGCAAGAGAGUUUGGAAGUUGCGAGCUAUCAUCACGACCUAUGCAAGCAAUACUGGAGAAAUACUGAUCUACACCAGUUUCUUAUUAAUUCAGCAGUGCCUUUACAUGUAGAGAUCAAAACCAAUUCCUGCUUUCUACUCAAAAGAGUGACGCUACAUGUUGGAACGAAGUGCUGAAAUGUGAUCACUGUUGGAUGGAUCGUAUAUCUCGUCA